AUGCAAAGGGUGGUGAGAAACAUUGUAGGGGAGCAAUCCAAAUUGGGAGAGUUGACCGUUAAAUACACCCCGCUUUCUUGCAACGAAAUGGCCAAGGCAAUGAAAGAAGAACUAUACGAGUGUCUUUUUUCCAUUGAGGCAAGCUUUCCGGAGUACUGGACAGUUAGACAGGAAGAGUACGGAAAGAUUACAGAAAUCGCCGACCACGACUUUUUCCUCGGAAAAAGAUAUCACGUCGAAAACAAUUUGACAUUUCACUGCUUAACUGACGCAUUUCUGUUUCAAAUGCUUGUACCUCGGAUGACCGCCGUGCUCCUGAGGACAUACAAUGAGCCACUGGAUAUAGGACUGGAGUCGAGGUACAGGCAAAUCUGUGUUCAGUAUUGGAUGUUCAUUCCCUUCUUAAAGACUGAAGAUCCAGUCAAACUCAAUACGAUUCUCGUUCUCUUCGGCCUAACACUGGAAGCUGCCACGAGCGAGGAGCUAAGUCACGUUAUUGAUAUCAUACAAUACAUUGACGGGAUCCGGCAUGAGAUGGGGCAAACCAAAGAGCAAGUGGCUAAAGAGGCCAUAAGCCGGGCAAAGAAUAUAAUCAAUUUUGAAGAUGAGAUCGAGGAGGAAUUGUUACAAAAAUGCUCUGCGGCGUUCCAGGAGACACAUAACUAG